AUGCAAACGUCGAAGAUUCAUUAUAUUACCAGCUUGCUUCUGAUAUACAAUUUUGCAAAUGGUAUAUUAACUGCCGCAAUUGAUAACGAAUUGAUAGGAACACCAGUGGUAGAUUGUGAGGAUACGAUGGUAUCGUUAACAUUCCGCACCAGAAAACCAUUUACUGGACGUGUGUAUGUACGAGGAUUAGCUGAUGAUGACCGAUGCUCCAGAAAUUUCGCAUCAAAUAUUGAUCAGAACAAAUUUUCAAUGAUGAUUCAGAAUGGUGACUGUACCAUGCAACGACAGCGAGUUACCGGUUCUUUAGAGGGUAUUAUGUUUUCUCUUACAAUCGUUGUAUCGUUUCACGGGACAUUUGUAACGCGAGCUGAUCGAGCCUAUCGUUGUAUGUGUUUUUUCCGAAAUAUCAAAAGGCUAACAUCCGGUGUAGAUAUGUCAUCAAUUGGCACUACUGAACUAAUGGAUACGGUACAAAUGCCAACUUGCACAUACAGUAUUCAUUCAGGAAGCGCAGAUGGACCACCAGCUGUUUACGGCCAGGUAGGUGAGAAAAUUUACCACGUUUGGGAAUGUGAUGACGACACACAAGGCUUUUUGGUACAUUCAUGCUUUGUUAAUGAUGGGCGAGGAACACGUUUUGAUUUGCUUGAUUUGGAUGGAUGCGCUAUUGAUCCGAUUAUUCAACCUGACGUGCAAUAUGACGAAGACAUGAGAAGAGCAGUGGUUGAAACGUGGGGCUAUAAAUUCAGUGAUACUUCAGUCUUAAAUUAUCAGUGUGUCGUUGAACUAUGUAAGAAAAAUGCUGGUGAAUGUGAAGGUCUUACACCACCAACAUGUAUUAAUAAUAAUCGAUUUCGGCGCAAUAUAAUUGGCAACAAUUCUAAUAUCCUAUUGGAAAAAAACACGCAUGUUACGUCAUCACAUUUACGUAGCAAUCAUCAGAUGGAUUUAAUUGCUACACUUAGCAUGCUUGAUAACAUCGAUGAAAAUGGAGUCACUGAUCCUCGAUCACGGUAUUUAAUGCAAGGAAUCAGUCAGUCUAAUGAUGGGUCAAAAAGUGGAAUGGCAAUAGCAUUGGCAGAAUCACAAAGAAUAUGUCUAACUUAUCCGAUUCUUGCUACACUGCUUUUUGCUACUUCACUUCUACUUACUACUCUAUUAACCAUCCUACUUUUCUUGUACAGGAGAGAUAGGAAAGCACUGAAACAAUGA